UUAGCAACAGUUGGGCUCUGGCUAACCUAAUGCUAAAACUUCAGCGCUGGGUCCCGUGAAUAAAAGUUCGUGUUCGGGCUCUGGGCGGGUUCUCGAUAGUUUCGUGGUCCAGUCCGGGAUUGGGUCGUUUAGUUGAGUUUUUGUUUGACAGCUGUUGUUCCAAUGAUAAAGUUCCAGCAUGGGCUAAAACUGGAUUAGCCGCUAAAGCUAAGUGCUAAGUGUGGCUAAGCUAACACAACAAAUCCGAAGCUCCGUGUUUUGGUGUAAAAUGUCAGAGGGCUCCCUGUCCAUCAUCACAGAGGGAGAUCCGGAGCUCUUCAUCGACCCUGAAGUGGCUCUGAAGGCAUGUCAAGAAGUGCUGCAGUCACAUGACCUGAAGCAGAAAGGAGACGGAGAUGUCCCUGACGUCUCCGUUGACACAGGCCCUGCCUCUUCCUCUGAAAGCUCCACCUCUGCAAAGAACCCCAUCCCUUCCUCUAUGACACGACUCCACAAGCCCCGCCCCAAAGAUGUCUCGUCCAGUCAGCAGUCGUCGUGGCUUCUGCGCCUUUUCGAGUCUAAACUGUUUGAUGUUUCAAUGGCCAUUUCAUAUUUAUACAGCUCCAAAGACCCGGGGGUACAGGCGUACAUCGGCAACAGACUGUUCAGUUUUCUGGACUCUGAGGUAGACUUUUUUCUGCCGCAGCUGCUCAACAUGUAUGUGCACAUGGACGCGCACGUAGGCGACGCAAUCAAGCCCUACCUGGUGUACCGGUGCCACGGGUCCGUCCCCUUCAGUCUCACCUGUGCAUGGCUCUUGGGGGCCUACUCCAGCGACAUGCACCUGUCCACCCAGACCCACUCCAGAGGCUCGAAACUGAGGAAGCUCAUUUUGUCUGAUGAACUGCAACCCAGUGCACGUGCACGAGGGGCCAGGGGUGGGCACGUGAGUGGCCCUGUGCAUGUGAGCGAGCCCCGGAGUGUGCAUGUGGCGACCAGGCGUACACAUCAGGUAAGUACUUCAUUCAGAGAGAUCAGCAGUUUAACCCACAACCUCACUGAGAGGAGGAGACAGGAUAACCACUCUGCCGGUAUGUUUCAGCGUUCUAAGUCAGAUGCCACGGUGAGCCUCUCUGUCACUCCAAGCUCCAACCUCAAGAGGACCUCCUCCAACCCCCGAGUGGAGAGUCCAGAACAGCCUGUGCGCUUGGCCCCUCAGAGGGAGUUUGUAAAGUCCCUGCUCGGCAUCGGGAAGCGUUUGGCGACUCUCCCCACGAAGGAGCAGAAAACCCACAGGUUGAUCUCAGAACUGUCUCUGCUCAAUCACAAACUGCCCGCUCGAGUCUGGCUGCCCACAGCUACGUUCCAGCACCAUGUGGUCAGAGUGCCACACACACAGGCCGUGGUACUCAACUCUAAAGACAAGGCUCCAUACCUGAUCUACGUGGAGGUGCUGGAGUGUGAGGACUUUGAGAGCUCGAUGGUUCCGGUCCGGAUCCCUGAGACCCGGGUCCGGAUCACACGGUCUGUGGAGAACAUUGCUGUCGCUGCAGAAAGUGGCGACACCAGAACCGGGACGUUUUCCAUCGUCCCAAACUACGACAAUGACGAAGACGCCUGGAGUACGGAUGAUCUCGGAAUGCUACAGAUUCCUGAGGGACAUAGCUGUGACAACAUCAGCCAGUUUUCUGUGGACAGCAUCACAAGCACUGAGAGCCGCGAGACCGUCUACAUACAGGCCGGGGAUAUAAGACGCCGUCUGUCGGAGCAGUUGGCCCAGACUCCGACCUCAUUCAGAAAAGACCCUGAGGACCCCUCAGCUGUGGCUCUCAAGGAACCCUGGGAGGAGAAAGUCAGGAGGAUUCGGGAGGCAUCUCCGUACGGACACCUACCCACCUGGAGGCUGCUCUCUGUGAUUGUCAAGUGUGGAGAUGACCUCCGACAGGAGCUGCUCGCCUUCCAGGUGCUGCAGGUGCUACAGUGGGUCUGGGAGCAAGAACGUGUUCCUCUCUGGAUCAGACCAUACCGGAUCUUGGUGCUGUCCUCGGACUCAGGAAUGAUCGAGCCAGUUUUGAACGCUGUGUCUCUACAUCAGAUCAAAAAGCAGAGUCAGAUCCCUCUGUUGGACUUCCUGAUCCAAGAGCAUGGCCCUCAGACCUCAGAGGGGUUCCUCAGCGCACAGCGGGCCUUUGUGCAGUCCUGCGCCGGCUACUCUCUGGUUUGCUACUUGCUGCAGGUCAAGGACAGACACAAUGGGAACAUCUUGCUGGACUCUGAGGGACACAUCAUCCACAUUGACUUUGGCUUCAUCCUCUCCAGCUCCCCACGCAACCUGGGCUUCGAGACCUCUGCUUUCAAACUCACCACUGAGUUUGUGGAUGUGAUGGGAGGUCCAGAUGGAGAUAUGUUUAAUUACUACAAGAUGCUGAUGCUUCAGGGACUCAUUGCAGCUCGGAAACACAUGGAUAAGGUCCUACAGAUCGUGGAGAUCAUGCAGCAAGGGUCUCAGCUGGCCUGUUUCCACGGCAGCAGCACCCUGAGAUCACUGAAGGAGCGCUUCCACAUGAGCCUGACGGAGGAGCAGCUCCAGCUCUUGGUGGAGACGCUGGUGGAGGGCUCCAUGAGGUCCCUGACGACCCGACUGUAUGACGGCUUCCAGUACCUUACCAAUGGCAUCAUGUAGAGAGUCCAGAAACCAGGACUUAAACUGGACUGAACCUGAACUGAACCGGGACUACACUAGAAUUACACCAAGAUUAAACCAAGAUUAAAGUAAGACUGAAUCUGGACUAAAACAGGACAAAACCAGUCCAGAAGCAGGACAAAAACCAGUCCAGAAGCAGGACAAAAACCAGUCCAGAAGCAGGACAAAAACCAGUCCAGAAGCAGGACAAAAACCAGUCCAGAAGCAGGACAAAAACCAGUCCAGAAGCAGGACUAAAACCAGUCCAGAACCUGGACUAAAACCAGUCCAGAACCUGGACUAAACAAGCCUCUACGAUGGCUUCCUGUAUAUCACCCAAAGAAUCAUAUAGACCUCCAAAACCAGGUCAAAAUGUGGCCUGAAACAGGACUAAAUCAAGUCUGACCGAGAGAAGUAGCUGUUGACGGUGAAAACUAUGCAAGACCAGGACUGGGUCUGAACCAGGUCCAAUCCUGAUCAAAAGAGUUUUAGUUGUUUUAAUGAACUUAAUGUUGUUUUGUGUUUCAUUUAAAUCUUCUGUCUCUGUUACCAGCCCUGUGCAGCGUGGACUACGACUCCCACAAUGCAAUGAACCACUGGGUCUGUCAUUUCCUGAUUCAGCACCUUUUUUAUUAACCACUUUAGAAUUUUGUGUACUGCCCAAUGAUCAAAGUUAGCAGUUUUACAUUUCUCUUUUCUCAUGUUUAUUACUAUGGUAAAUACAUAUGUUUAGAGUUAGUAUUCAUCAGUAAAAAGUAAUCACGAUCACUCAAAUCUCAGAUGUGGUUGGUGCAGGUGCUGUAGUUACUAGUAACCACAUCUCUUGGGCCAAAGUUUAUGAGGAAGAAACGGGACAAAUCUGAUAAUUCGGGCAGCGACAGACUCCUCUUUAUUUCAUUCCUGUCUCCUUGGUUCCUUUUGCUCUUGGUUCCUCCUUCCUCCCUUUGCCUCCUGAUAUGUCUCCUUGUUUCCUUUC